UCUGUUCACCUGACUUAGAAUUCCUCACAAUCAAAUGUCAACCGCAUUAUCUACCAAGGGAAUUCUCUUCGAUUAUAAUCACAGCCGUAUAUAUUCCACCCCAAGCAGACACAUCGAUGGCCCUGAACGAACUUUAUCUGACUCUAUGUAAACCACACAUCCUGAGGCUGCAUCCAUUGUAGCCGGGGAUUUUAACAAGGCUAAUCUGAAAACAAAACUCCCUAAAUUCUAUCAGCAUAUCGAUUGUGCUACCAGGGCUGGUAAAACCAUGGAUCAUUGUUAUUCUAACUUCCGCGAUGCAUAUAAGUGUCACGACUUCCGCCGAAGUCGGCCCUUCUCCUUGUUCGGGUGGUGUUCGGCGGUCGACGUCACCGGCUUUCUAGUCACCACCGAUCCAGGUUUCAGUUUCGUUUUGUUUUGUCUCCGCUACAUCUCUGCACCCAAUCGCUGACAAUAAGGCCCUCCCCCGCCCUCCUUUCGGAAAAGCUGACCACGACUCCAUUUUGUUGCUUCCAGCCUACAAACAGAAACUAACACAAGAAGCUCCCGCGCUCAGGUCUGUUCAACGCUGGUCCGACCAUUCGGACUCCACGCUUCAAGACUGCUUCGAUCACGUGCGUUGGGAUAUGUUCCGCAUUGCGUCCAACAACAACAUUGACGCAUACGCUGAUUCGGUGAGCGAGUUCAUUAGAAAGUGCAUCUGUGACAUUAUACCCACAGCAACGAUUAAAACAUUCCCAAACCAGAAACCGUGGAUUGAUGGCAGCAUUCGCGCGAAACUGAAAGUGCGAACCACUGCUUUUAACCAGGGCAAGGUGACCGGAAACAUGACCAAAUACAAACAGUGUAGCUAUUCCCUCCACAAGGCAAUCAAACAAGCUAAGUGCCAGUAUAGAGACAAAGUAGAGUCGCAAUUCAACAGCUCAGACACAAGAGGUAUGUGGUAGGGUCUACAGUCAAUCACGGAUUACAAAAAGAAAACCAGCCCCGUGGCGGACCAGGAGGUCUUGCUCCCAGACAGACUAAAUAACUUUUUUGCUCGCUUUGAGGACAAUACAGUGCCACGGCCCGCUACCAAAACCUGUGGGCUCUCCUCCACUGCAGCCGACGUGAGUAAAACAUUUAAACGUGUUAACCCUCGCAAGGCUGCAGGCCCAGACAGCAUUCCCAGCCGUGUCCUCAGAGCAUGCGCAGACCAGCUGGCUGGUGUGUUUACGGACAUAUUCAAGCAAUCCUUAUCCCUGUCUGCUGUUCCCACAUGCUUCAAGAGGGCCACCAUUGUUCCUGUUCCCAAGAAAGCGAAGGUAACUGAGCUAAAUGACUACCGCCCCGUAGCACUCACUUCCGUCAUCAUGAAGUGCUUUGAGAGACUAGUCAAGGAUCAUAUCACCUCUACCUUACCUGCCACCCUAGACCCACUUAAUUUUGCAUACCGCCCCAAUAGGUCCACAGACGAUGCAAUCGCCAUCGCACUGGCCCAUCCCAUCUGGACAAGAGGAAUACCUAUGUAAGAAUGCUGUUCAUUGACUACAGCUCUGCAUUCAACACCAUAGUACCUUCCAAGCUCAACCCCGCUCUGUGCAAUUGUGUCCUGGACUUUGACGGGCCGCCCCCAGGUGAUGAAGGUAGGAAACAACAUCUCCACUUCGCUGAUCCUCAACACUGGGGACCCACAAGGGUGCGUGCUCAGCCUCCUCCUGUACUCCCUGUUCACUCAUGACUGCUUGACCUUGCACGCCUCCAACUCAAUCAACAAGUUUGCAGAUGACACAACAGUAGUGGGCUUGAUUACCAACAACGACGAGACAGCCUACAGGGAGGAGGUGAGUGCACUCGGAGUGUGGUGUCAGGAAAACAACCUCACUCAACGUCAACAAAACAAAGGAGAUGAUCGUGGACUUCAGGAAACAGCAGAGUGAGCACCCCCCUAUCUAUAGACGGGACAGCAGUGGAGGUUAAGUCCCUCGGUAUACACAUCACUAACAAACUGAAAUGGUCCACCCACACAGACAGUGUGGUGAAGGCGCAACAGCGCCUCUUCAACCUCAGGAAGCUGAAUAAAUUUGGCUUGUCACCUAAAACCUUCAAACUUUUACAGAAGCACAAUUGAGAGCAUCCUGUCGGGCUGUAUCACCGCCUGGUACAGCAACUGCACCGCCCACAACCGCAAGGCUCUCCAGACUGAAAAACAGCAUCUAUCGCAAGGCCAUCAGACUGUUAAACCGCCAUCACUAACACAGAGAGGCUGCUGCCUAGAGUUGUGGCCUAAAGUUGAGUUUGUAUGAGGGCAAUUUGCAUAUACUCCAGAAUGUUAUGAAGAGUGAUCAGAUGAAUUGCCUCUUUGCCAUGCAAAUGAACUGAAUCCCCCAAAAACAUUUCCACUGCAUUUCAGCCCUGCCACAAAAGGACCAGCUGACAUGUCAGUGAUUCUCUCGUUAACACAGGUGUGAGUGUUGAUGAGGACAAGGCUGGAGAUCACUCUGUCAUGUUGAUUGAGUUCAAAUAACAGACUGGAAGCUUCAAAGGAGGGUGGUGAUUGUAAUCAUUGUUCUUCCUCUGUCAAUCAUGGUUACCUGCAAGGAAACGCGUGCCGUCAUCAUUGCUUUGCACAAAAAGGGCUUCACAGGCAAGGAUAUUGCUGCCAGUAAGAUUGCACCUAAAUCAACCAUUUAUCGCAUCAUCAAGAACUUCAAGGAGAGCGGUUCAAUUGUUGUGAAGAAGGCUUCAGGGCGCCCAAGAAAGUCAAGCAAGCGCCAGGACUGUCUCCUAAAGUUGAUUCAGCUGCAGGAUCGUGGCACCACCAGUACAGAGCUUGCUCAGGAAUGGCAGCAGGUGUGAGUGCAUCUACACGCACAGUGAGGCGAAGACUUUGAGGAUAGCCUGGUGUCAAGAAGUGCAGCAAAGAAGCCACUUCUCUCCAGGAAAAACAUCAGGGACAGACUGAUAUUCUGCAAAAGGUACAGGGAUUGGACUGCUGAGGACUGGGGUAAAGUCAUUUUCUCUGAUGAAUCCCCUUUCCGAUUGUUUGGGGCAUCCGGAAAAAAGCUUGUUCGGAGAAGACAAGGUGAGCGCUACCAUCAGUCCUGUGUCAUGCCAAUAGUAAAGCAUCCUGAGACCAUUCAUGUGUGGGGUUGCUUCUCAGCCAAGGGAGUGGGCUCACUCACAAUUUUGCCUAAGAACACAGCCAUGAAUAAAGAAUUGUACCAACACAUCCUCCGAGAGCAACUUCUCCCAACCAUCCAGGAACAGUUUGGUGACGAACAAUGCCUUUUCCAGCAUGAUGGAGCACCUCUGGGCCACAUCCUGACUGAUGGCAGCCCAUUCUGCUCAUCUGCGUGAACGUGCCUUAGGCAUGCUGCAAGGAGGCAUGAGGACUGCAGAUGUAGCCAGGGCAAUAAAUUGCAAUGUCCGUACUGUGAGACGCCUAAGACAGCGCUGCAGGGAGACAGGACGGACAGCUGAUUGUCCUCGCAGUGGCAGACCACGUGUAACACCUGCACAGGAUUGGUACAUCCGAAAAUCACACCUGCGGGACAGGUACAAAAUGGCAACAACUGCCCGAAUUACACCAGGAACGCACAAUCCCUCCAUCAGUGCUCAGACUGUCCGCAAUAGGCUGAGAGGCUGGACUCAGGGCUUGUAGGCCUGUUGUAAGGCAGGUCCUCACCAGACGUCACCGGCAACAACGUCGACUAUGCGCACAAACCCACUGUCGCUGGACCAGACAGGACUGGCAAAAAGUGCUCUUCACUGAUGAGUCGCGGUUUUGUCUCACCAGGGGUGAUGGUCGGAUUCGCGUUUAUCAUCGAAGAAAUGAGCGUUACACCGAGGCCUGUACUCUGGAGUGGGAUUGGUUUGAAGGUGGAGGGUUCGUCAUGGUCUGGGGUGUUGUGUCACAGCAUCAUCGGACUGAGCUUGUUGUCAUUGCAGGCAAUCUUAACGCUGUGCGUUACAGGGAAAACAUCCUCCUCCCUCAUGUGGUACCCUUCCUGCAGGCUCAUCCUGACAUGACCCUCCAGCAUGACAAUGCCACCAGCCAUACUGCUCGUUCUGUGCGUGAUUUCCUGCAAGACAGGAAUGUCAGUGUUCUGCCAUGGCCAGCGAAGAGCCCGGAUCUCAAUCCCAUUGAGCACGUCUGGGACCUGUUGGAUCGAAGGGUGAGGGCUAGGGCCAUUCCCCCCCAGAAAUGUCCGGGAACUUGCAGGUGCCUUGGUGGAAGAGUGGGGUGAUAUCUCACAGCAAGAACUGGCAAAUCUGGUACAGUCCAUGAGGAGGAGAUGCACUGCAGUACUUAAUGCAGCUGGUGGCCACACCAGAUACUGACUGUUACUUUUGAUUUUGAAUCUCCCCUUGUUCAGGGACACAUUAUUCCAGUUCUGUUAGUCACAUGUCUGUGGAACCUGUUCAGUUUAUGUCUCAGUUGCUGAAUCUUGUAUGUUUAUACACAUUUUUACGCAUGUUAAGUUUGCUGAAAAUAAAUGCGUGAGAGGACGUUUCUUUUUUUGCGUUUAUAUACUGUAUUUUAUACCAUCUAUUGCAUCUUGCCUAUGCCGCUCGGUCAUCGCUCAUCCAUAUUUAUAUGUACAUAUUCUUAUUCCAUCCCUUUAGAUGUGUGUAUUAGGUAGUUGUGGAAUUGUUAGAUUACUGUUAGAUAUUACUGCACUGUUGGAACUAGAAGCACAAGCAUUGCUACAUUCACAUUAACAUCUGCUGACCAUGUGUAUGAGACCAAUAACAUUUGAUUUGAAGUGUCCACUUAAUUUGAGGACUGAGGGCUGUGUCUUGUGUUUUUUAUGCAGUCUGGUGUUAAUUGUGGGAGGCUCUGCCUGGGGAGACUACUUUUUGAGCAUAGGCCAUAUUUUAAGCGAUAUGUUGCCUCCUAGCGCCACAACAGUACCUAAGUUAGUUCUGUAAAGUCACGUGAUUUCUGGGAAAGGGGACGUCUCCCUCUGCUCUGUGCGAGGCUAGUAAACAACUUCUGGAUUUCCAGUCAAAGUGCUAUGCGGGGGUGCGCUCAGCUGUAGUUAGGAAACGGAGAAAACGCAACCUAAGCUAUGGCAUCUGGGAAAAUUCGCUCCACGCGCAAACUACGCGCUUGGAUGGUAGAACAGGUCAGCAGCGGGAAGUACCCUGGCCUGAUAUGGGACGACGACGACAAGACCAUGUUCCGUAUACCAUGGAAACACGCCGGGAAACAAGACUUCCGCAGCGAAGUGGAUGGUGCCAUCUUCAAGGCGUGGGCAGUGUUUAAGGGGAAGUUGUCUGAGGGGGGUCAUGCGGACCCUGCCUCCUGGAAGACGCGGCUGCGAGUUGCUCUCAAUAAGAGCCCGGAGUUCAGAGAGGAACCUGAGAGGUCACAGCUGGAAAUCUCCGAACCAUACAAAGUCUACCGCCUCGUACCCAUCAGCGAACAAGCAUUGGGGAGUGUUGACAUGAAGUUCCAAGCCAGAGCAGGGGGGAGGAAGAGAAGGAGCCACGAUUCAGACAUCGAGGCGGAGGAAGAGGUGGUGAAGGUCAAACAGAUGAAAGAAGUUACCACCUCCCUACCAAUCACCAUGUCUGUUCAGGAGAUUGAGGAAAGUGUUCUUACAAUCCAGCUAGACCAGGUUGAUCAGCCCUCGGUCAUGGUGAAGAGUGCUGGGACAGUCAAUGAGAUCCAGGUGAACUUCACGAUCGAGACCGUCCCUCCCCCUGGAGCCCAGGACUCUUUCCAUGUCUUAGUGAAGUACAUGGGAGAGGAGGUGCUUAAACGUGGGGUCAUGGGCAGCGAUGUCCGGAUCGCCUAUCUGCCCUCCUCGCCUGUUCCCCCCACCCUGAUGGUGGCUGGGUUCCCCCGCAUCCCUCUGCCCGACCCCCCCUCCACCUUGACAUCCAGCAUCGGGCCCCAGUUCCAGGCCCUCUCCACCCUGCUGCCCUUCAUGGAGAAAGGGGUGAUCCUGACCUCCACAAGAACAGGGGUCUAUGGUAAGCGCUACUGCCAGGGCCAGGUGUUCUGGACAGGGCCACAUUCAGCCACGGCGGGACCCCACAAGAUGAACCAUGCUGUGGAGCCCGUGCGGCUCUUCGAUAGAGAGGCUUUCAGAAUGGAGCUGGACCACUUCUGCAGCUACGGGGGAGACCCUCCUCAGUGUGGCUUCACCUUGUGUUUCAGUGACAAAGAGGACCCAUCCAGCAAACUCAUCAUCACACAGAUAACCCUACCCUGGGCUCAGCAGCAGGUCAAGGUAGCUGAAGACUUCCGGGAGUCAAUGACCAUAACCAGCGAAUCAGGAGAGGUCACCAUCAACCUGGUAUCAGGUUCAUUGCUAUCCGAAAUCCUUGGGACGUCCCUACCGUACACCCUAAACAUUUAAAAAAUAUAAACUUCAAAUGGGGGCGGGAUAGCAUGUAACAGUGGCCUUUAGCAUCCAAUCACAGGACAUCUUGUUUUACAAUUUUUUAUUUAUCCGUUAUUUUACCAGGUAAGUUGACUGAGAACACGUUCUCAUUUACAUCAACGACCUGGGGAGAGGGGGGGUUGAAUGAGCCAAUCGUAAACUGGGGAUUAUUAGGUGACCAUGAUGGUUUGAGGACCAGAUUGGGAAUUUAGCCAGGACACCAGAGUUAGAAUCCCUACUUUUACGAUAAGUACCAUGGGAUCUUUAAUGACGUCCGUCAGGACACCCGUUUAACGUCCCAUCCGAAAGACAGCACCCUACACAGGGCAGUGUCCCCAAUCACUGCCCUGGGGCAUUGGGAUAUUUUUUAGACCAGAGGAAAGAGUGCCUCCUACUGGCCCUCCAACACCACUUCCAGCAGCAUCUGGUCUCCCAUCCAGGGACUGACCAAGACCAACCCUGCUUAGCUUCAGACACAAGCCAGCAGUGGUAUGCAGGGUGGUAUGCUGCUGGCUUUGUAUAAUUGACUAUUCUUUUUUUUAAAUGAAGCACUGUCUGAUCUGAUACUAAGGCAUACACAUGAUGCACUAAAUACUUGUCUGAAUAGCACUACAUGGAGUGGAAGACGUCACUUUGGUUUAGCCCUCAGUAUUGCUCAACUUGUGAUGUUAUACUGAUGUUCCAAACUCACUUGUAUAUGGAGUCAGAUACUUCUACUCCUUGUUGCCGUCUUUGAAUGCUGACUGGUACUGCGUCAGACACCUCUCCGUGUCCUCAUGUUGCUUACAUAGUGUACCUGUUGACCAAGUUGUUUUAAGUAGCAUAUGAGAGAAACACUGACAGGCUCUGAAGCCAUAGUAGGCUGAAGGUCAGUGAUUUGAUCAUCACCAUGCCAACCGUUAUGAGGCGGGAAACGAACUUGUCUUCCAUUUCUGUUUCUGAAAGUGGUAACGCUUGUUAAGCACAUUUCUAUAGAGAACAUUAAUAUUCCUAGACUUUGAAGCAGGCUCCUUCACUAGAGACAUUGGACUCCUAAAUGUGUUUGCAAGUAUGUAUUCAAGAGCAAGAGAGUUUGUUUUGCAUUUGUUAAUCUUCUCUCCAUAACCCAGCAUUUACUACUAGUCCCAACCGUAAGAAGUUAAUUGAGAUCGGCUCAGUUUUGCAUGGCAGGUCACUUUACAGGUUUACCCAAUUAGUAAAUUACACAAGCCACCAUAUAAAGCAGGUGUGGAGACUGUUCUAGGGUUAUGGUGUGUGGAGACUGUUCUAGGGACCAUGUCUGAAAGGUUGUUUUCUGCACCUUUGAACUGGCAAUCUGUUGUUCGAUCUUGCUCUAUUGCACAAAUCAAGUAUGUUUUUAUAUCUAUCUAUAUAUAUAUAUAUAUCUGGUCUACUUAAGCCUUUAAGUGCACAAGGUAUAUAUAUAUAUAUAUAUCUAUAUAUCUAUAUAUAUCUGGUCUACUUAAGCCUUUAAGUGCACAAGGUGAUGGCCAGCCUUGUCAGACUUUUUAAAUCUGUUAAUAUUGUAGAAAUGAAUGUGAACUGAUAUUUAUAUGAACAUAGCACAUGAACACUUGAAAUAGUUUGUAGAUGUAGUUUAAUAAAAGGUUACACACUGAAAGCAGUGGGACAGGAUGCACAUAAUGUGAUGCCAUUAGCAGUCAGUGAACUAUGAGUGCAGCUUUGUCAGUUGUAAUUGGGUUAACAACAUGGCUACUGGGUUUGACAAGGCACACUGACUGAGAGACCGGAAGACUGCACAGAUCUGUCAAACUGUAAAUAUUAGUUAUUUAUGCUCGUCUUUAAUUCAAUGUUCUGUCUGACCGCAUUAAAUGUAUUUCAUAUUA